AUGGCAGCCACUCUCUGUCAGGUGCUGGGCUUCGUUCUGAGUUUGAUCGGUUUGGCGGGAAUCAUCGCGGCGACGGGGAUGGACCAGUGGGCGAUACAAGACCGCCUGGACGACAUCGUGACCUCCGUGUACGUGUCCUCGGGCCUGUGGAAGUCGUGCAUGCAGCAGAGCUCCGGCUUCACAGAGUGCCGACCGUAUUUCACCAUCCUGGGACUGCCAGCUCUGCUCCAGGCCGUGCGCGCCCUGAUGAUUGUCGGCAUCGUUCUCGGCGCCAUCGGCUGCCUGAUCGCCAUUUUUUCGCUGAAGUGCUUGAAAAUGGGGAACAUGGAGGACAACAUGAAAGCCACGAUGACUCUGACGUCUGGGAUCAUGUUUGUUCUUGCAGGCGUCUGCGGCAUCGCGGGGGUGUCGGCCUUCGCAAACUUGAUUGUGCAAAGUUUUCGCUUCACGACAUUUGCAGACGGCGGGUUCAGUAUGUUUGGAGGAGGCGGGAUUGGCGGACUCUCAGGGAAUCUCACUCCGAGGUACACUUUUGGCCCCGCUCUCUUCGUGGGCUGGAUUGGCGCCGCUAUCUUGGUCAUUGGAGGCAUCAUGAUGUGUUUGGCGUGCCGUGGGAUGUCUCAAGAUAGGAACCAGCGGUAUGAUGGGACGGCCUACAAAGCCCCCUCUCACCACUCUAUCUACAAGUCUGAGGUCAGACCCCGUCCAGCCUACAACGACUCCUACAAGGCCCAGAGCAUGGAGGGGCACCAGACCAACCAGAGAUUCGACUACGUGUAA